AUGUCUACCACCACCAACAAGGCCGAACAAGCCGUCUCUUACGCUGCCUUGAUCCUCGCCGACGAAGCCAUUGCCAUCACCCCGGAAAAGCUGCAAGCACUCCUCAAAGCCGCCGGUAUCGAGGACGUCGAGCCAAUCUGGACCACGCUCUUCAGCAACGCUUUCAAGGACAAGGACGUCAAGGACAUCAUCCUCACCGCGACCACGGCCACACCAGCCGGUCGUGGUACUGCUUCCGAUUCCCAGGACGAUGGAAAAACAACUGGAGAGGAUGAAAAUGACGAGAAGGACGCAGAGGACGGUAUCGAUAUCGAUGCGGACUCGGAUGAUGGCUCUGCAUUUGGGGAUUUGUUCGGAUAG